UAUAGUGAGUUGGUGUUACCUGACUUAAAAAACAAAAAAACAAAAAACCUGACCUUCCUUAGGAAUAUUUCUGAUGCUCAUAAUUAUCGGCCAAUUGAGGACCUCUUCAGAUUUCAUCUGCCUGAAAAGAAGCGAUGUAGGAGGAUUUUAGAGCAGGCUUCUAAAGUAGGCUGUAAAGCCCCAGUUGCCAUGAUUUCAUCCUGUGGAAUGAUCCCUGGUAAUCCGUAUCCUCAGGGGAAACCCAGCCUCAUCAAUGGAAUAUUUCCAGGCACUCCUGCAAAAAAAGAAGGUGAUGAUAACAACAAUGAAGGAAAAGGAAUAUCAGCCCGGAUUCUUGGACCCUAUAAACCAGCACCUUCAACCUACAAUCCUCAUAAACCUGUCCCAUACCCUAUACCUCCUUGCAGACCCCAUGCAACUAUUGCACCAAGUGCAUAUAGCAAUGGAACUUUAGUAUCCAUGGGUGGGGUAAUAGCCUCGAAUGUGCCUCCUCCUCCAUAUCAGGCCAAUCAGACAGGAGCAGCUUUCUCCAGACCAUCCAGUCAACAGAGCCAUAACUCCAGUAAUUCAGGGCCCACAUUUUCACCCCACGGGCCCAACCCCGCUGCACCUGCAACUCCAGUGCCCAUGCCCGCACCCUCACCCGCUAAGCAGCCUGCCCCAUUUGUUCCUAUUACCCCGGUUUUCCCAGGCCUAGUUCCCACAGCCGCACACUCUCCCAGUGCCACUGCACCAGUCCCUUCUGUGAUUAAAGGGCCCCAUUUAUCUGCCUCGCCAGUCAUCAUGUCCAACCACAGUGGGCAUUCUACUCCUAUCCCCCAAGGUUUACCUGGCGUUCCUCCUUCUGUUACACCCACGCCUUCUGUCAUCAAAUCACAUACCCCGUCAGUAACACCCUGUGCUACUCCUGUACCUAAUGGUUCCUAUACUCCCGUCUCCUCAGCCUACCCUAGCAUGUCUAGAUCAGGAAGCUCCUCCCCCCUAGUUCCCACUACAUGCACUCUCCAGGGACAACUCCCCCCUGGCAUGCAAGGUAUUGCCAGUCAUUCCCCAUCUGGCACACCAGGAUCCUUGGGAUUAGCUAAUCCCACCUUUAAAGGCUUCCCUGCCACAGACAUACAGUCACAGAUGGGUUCAUCCACACAGCCUUCCUUUACCGGACUCCCCUCUUCAGCUAGUCCUGUUCAGCAUGGCCCCCCUACCCCUGUUCAAUCAGUGAUUAGAAGCUAUACCCCCUCCACCACUCCGACCUCCCAAGGUUCUUCGACACCUGGGCUCCCUGUUUUCACUGGCCUGCCUCCAGCAACUACUCAUGUGGCCACACCCAAACCCUCAACCAUCCACACCCAAUCGUAUAUGGGAAACCCCCUGGGUGCCACCUCUGAGCAGCACAUGACUGGCACCUCAGCCCUUCCUUCUUUGGCACGGCACAGUAACAGCCCUGUAGCCUCUGCAUUUAAAGGACCUUCCCGAUCUGCCACCCCAUCUCUUAGUUCCCUAGUGAUGCCCAACACUGCUGCGCUGGUCCGCUCUCUUGGCUUAAGCCACUCUGCAGCUUCUGCUCAAGCCACCCUGUCAAACACAGUAGCCAUGGCCAGUUUGCAAGGCCUGUCCGUUCUAAGUGCCCAGGGCGCAGUGAACUUAGCCUCUCACACGGCAGCAGGCAAUGUCUUCUCUGGACUGCCAGCCUUCUCUUCUCUCUCUUCUGGCUAUCCCGGAGCUCCAGGCCUUCAGGCAACCAUAUCUGGUUGCCACCCAAAUGUUCUCUCCUCUUCCACUUCUUCUGCUGCCUCCUCUGCUGCAGCUGUUUACACAGGUCUUCCUCCCUCUGUCACGCACUCUGGAUCCCCCUUCAGCCUUGGCUUCCCAGGCCUCCCUCCCGGCUCUCUGGGGUCUGGUAGUUCUGGGUUCCCAGGUUUUGUCGGAUCCAGCACUCCUGCUGGCAGCCCGGUGUUGUCCCACUUUGUUGGGCUGCAGGGGCCCCCCUCCUCAGUGGCAGCAGUACCCCCCCUCCAGGCAGCAGUGGCUGCAGCAGCAGCAGCAGCUGGCACAUCAUCCGCACCGGUCCUGCCAGGAUUUGCUUCAGCUUUCAGCUCCAAUUUCAACCCUGCGCUGGUCGCACAGGCUAGCUUGACUCCUGGCCUUCAGCCUGCAGGGAAUGCUGCGUUUCCUGGACUCCUAUCAUUUCCAGGGAUUCAUGGAUUCUCCCAGAGCCCAUCACCAGCCUCUCUGUCUGGACUACAGCAUUCAGCUGUGCAGUCAGCGUUAUUGCAGGCACAUUCAGCCUCUGCUUUGGAAAGCUAUCCAGCACAACCCAAUGGCUUUGCUAGCUACCCUACAACGCCAGGGACGUCAUUUGCCCUGCAGCCUAGUCUUCAUCCUCAGCUUGGGUGGCAGUGAUCAUCACCAUCACUGUUAUUUACCUGAGAUAACCCACUUGAACUACCCCUGAAUAAAGCAGUAAAGCUGUCAAGAGAAUGUACAAAUCAGUAUCGGCACAGCAUGAAUUAAAAUGGGAUCUGACCAUUAGAAAUGCCGAUCCAAGUACAACACAGUAUGACAUUUUUGGGUACUGUGUUUGUGUGUAAAAUUGUUUUACAGCUGGGCUCUUGGUAUGUGGGUAAAACACCUAUACAACAAUAUAUAUUUUUUAAUUUAUAUCUAUGGGUCAAAAAAAUAUCCAUCCUGCAACCAUAUAUUAUAUGGUGACUGUGUUUCUGAAAUAAGGGGUCACCAGGAUGUAAUUAUGCAGCACGUUUUCAACACAAUUAGUUAUGUUUGUGUAAAUUUACAACGUGGUCUGAUUUUUAAUUCUUUCUAUCAGUUUUCUUUUGUUGGACUUUUUGUUUGGACCUUCCUAUGGCGUGCUGUAUUCCAAGCCACUAUCUGAGACCGCAGAAUGCUGAUAUGCAGCUGCUCCCCUCUGUGCAUGAAACUUACUUCCAAUCAACAUCAGAACUGCCAACUCACUCUAGACACAUUCUUGUUUGAAUGUGCCAGUAUGAAUUUUGAAUUUUGAGAAAAAAGCCCUUUAGUAUUUUUCUUGUGAAAUGCUCUGGGAUUCAGUGAAGUGAAGGGAACUAUGUAAGUACAGUAUAUGUGUUUCCAGUUUGUCUUCUGAACAACAUAAUUUUCUGUACAUUUCUGUAAGAGUCUCUCCUAGCCACAUCAACAAUAACAGUGGAUGAGAGAAACCUUAAUGUACACGCUUUUUAUUCAUAGAGCAGCUCAACUAUAAAGAUGCAUUUUAUACUCUAUGCAUACAAACAUCAAUUCCAAACAAAGAUAUUGGUUUGGUAUGAAAUCGGUUAUUGUGUUUUUAUUUUUUUUAAAUACAUUUAGUAUUAUAUUUAGUGUGGCACCAGAGCCAAUGCUAAAAAAAUUGCAUAUCUUCAUUUUCAACAUUUUCGGUUUAUUAGACAUAUUGUAUUGAUUAGUGUGAAUUAUUAGGAAAGGAAGUUGAGGUACUAUUGCCAAUCUCAGAUUUAGGAAAUAAUCAAAUAUAAGAAGAAUCUAUUUCCAUGUAAACAGGCAGAAUUUCACAACUUUUUAGUCCAAUGUGUGUAUUUCAAGUUACGCAAUGUUUUGUAUAUUUCUAGUUUUCUAACUUUAACAGUUUUAAAGUCAAGUCAUAAGUACUGUUGUCUGCAACACUGAGCCAUUCAGCCAUACAGACAUUGUAAACACUGCUGUGUUGUUUUUAACUUAAGCAAAACUAUGUUCAAAUGAUUGUGCUGCGUCUUAGUCUGUAAUGCGAAUGGCCAGCAUUCAUGAGAUGAAAUGCUGUUUAAAAUAUACUUGGAAAUGAUUACAUGAAUUUUGCAGUAUGACUGCAUUAAUCAUAUUCAGCCAUUUUCUAUAAAGAUGUUUUAUGCUGUGCUACAUUCUUUUUUCCCUUUCAUGGCACAUCAUAAAAAUAGUUUGAAUUAAUUUAAAUUAGAAUUAGUGUAACCCUGUAGCAGUCGAUUACCCACAUUGUGUUGGUCAGACCACUGAACUUACUAUAUUAACCAGUUUACUUUGCAUAGAAGUACAGUACUUGCCUUAAGCUUCCGUUUUUUAGGUUGUGUAAGACUUUAGAAAAUAAGCUGCAAGCUUAUGAAAUAUUGUUAUACCAACAUGUUUAUGAUGGCAUAAACAAGGGUCAGUGCGCUCUCAUGUAUGUACAGUUCCAUGUAAAUGGUGGUGGGAGGAAUCAGACAAUUCAAUUGUAGAAAAGUAGUGAUGUCACAAUAGGAGUACAACGCUUACAAUGCUAAUGGUCGAUCAAAGCAAGUAGCUGCUAAUUUGAAUUCAGAUGACAAAGUGUCUCAAACUUGUGUUCAGAAAACAAUGUUCACUUUUGGAAUCAAUUUAUUUUAAGUUAUUUUGCAGAGUAUUGCAUUUAUUUUUUUAGAACUUGCAGAAUUGUUAUCAGUAAUACUUUUUAAUCAUGCUGUCUGGUCAGAAUGGAAAGUGGAAGGUGUUGGGGGUAUUUAAAAACAACAAUGACAAGAUGUUAUACAGUAUUUUUUUAAUUUUUAUUUGAUGGAUUUUACUCUGGACUUGAAACAAAAAUGCAAAUAUUCUUGUAAAACUGCUGUAUGACUUAAAUGAAUUGACAUCAUGUAUCUAGACGCUGUAGUUCCACCUUGCAUUGUAGAUGCAUGUCAGGUAAUUAAACCAGAUUCCAUUAAAUAUUGA